AUGACCACGACAAAAGAUACGUACGGCAUACACGCCCGUGGCCGGGGUGCAAAGCAGCCAGUACCUAACAGGUCGCUCCUGCAACUUUCUUGCGACAUCUGCCAGCGGGGCUUCAGCUACAUGCCCUGCCACCCAGGAACAUACGCCGAGGACGAGAACGGCCACCUCGCGCUCAGGGGCUGGGCUUGCGAUGCCGCCCGCGCUGGCCAGACGUACAUGGUCGGCGUGGAUGGCCGCAAGCACACGCUGUCGGUACACGAGUCGUCCCUGUCGCUGCCCCGGAUCCAGUCCCUCCUACAAGAGUGGAGAUACACCCGCUUCGGCACCAUCAUGUCGCUCAAGAGGCUCCGGAACUCCAGGCUCGAGUUCAGGCUCGAGGACCAGACCCACUGGUUUAAGCACAACAACCCCGACGUGUCAGACCCCGGGUACUGGAACAACAUGCCCGUCCGCGAUGCGAGCGGGCAGCUUCACUUCAUCGCCCGCACGGUCAUCAUGAGCAGCGACCCCGAGGUUUCCCGGAGGCAGUGGGCCGUCUGCAUGAGAAACAUCUGCAACACGCUCUUCGGCCCGCACGCGUUCCCCCAGGUCCCAAACCCGUUCGCCGCUGCCUCCUCGGAGCCAGGGACAAAAGAGCAGUGCGAAAGGCACGGUGCUCAUCAUCUCGGCGCCCUUGUCUCGCAAUCCACGGAGCUGGACCGGUGGGAUUUUGAGUAUGACGGAGGCGAAGAUAUGGAGAUGGGAUUCGGGGGGGGGUUGGUCGCAGUGAGAUGA